UGCUUCGCCUUGCCUGAGAAAGAAACAAACAAACGCCAUGAGCCAAAACUGUAAUAAAAAAAUAAAAAAAUAGAAAACAAUACCAAACCAAACCUUCUUCAGCUCUAAAAUCUACACAGAGACUGGCUCCAAAUGUAAAAAAAAUGAACACAAACAACAGUAAUCAAGAUCUCCUAAUCAACCCUCAGCAAACCCAAAUUCCCCAACCCGACCCGUAUUCUCACCUACCCCACCCCGUCCAACCAGGCCCUAGCCCUCACCCUCACCCUCAAACCCGCCGUCCACGAGGCUUCGCCGCCACUGCCGCCGCAGCUGCAUCAGCUGAUAACACCUCCGCUGUUUCAUCUCCCAAUGCCUCGGGUAAAGGUAAGAGAGAGAGAGAGAAAGAAAAGGAGAGAACCAAGCUUCGGGAACGACACCGUCGUGCUAUUACAAGUAGAAUGCUCACUGGUCUUAGACAAUACGGUAAUUUCCCUCUCCCUGCGCGUGCUGAUAUGAAUGAUGUUCUCGCUGCUUUAGCGCGUGAGGCUGGUUGGACUGUUGAAACGGAUGGCACCACUUAUCGCCAAUCGCCUCCUCCUUCACAUACGGGAUCAUUUGGAGUGAGGCCAGUGGAAAGUCCAUUGCUAAAGAAUUGUGCGGUGAAAGAGUGUCAGCCGUCGGUUCUUAGAAUUGAUGAGAGCUUGUCACCGGGGUCGCUUGAUUCGAUGGUGAUUAGUGAGAGAGAGAAUUCGAGGAAUGAGAAGUACACAAGUACGAGUCCCAUUAAUUCUGUCAUUGAAUGCUUGGAUGCUGAUCAGCUUAUACAAGAUGUUCAUUCUGGCAUGCACCAAAACGAUUUCACGGAGAAUUCUUAUGUCCCUGUUUAUGUAAUGCUUGCACAGAAUGGGUUUAUCAACAAUUGCUGCCAGUUGAUUGACCCACAAGGAGUCAGACAGGAGUUAAGUCACAUGAAGUCUUUAGAUGUGGAUGGUGUGGUUGUGGAGUGCUGGUGGGGAGUUGUUGAAGCAUGGAGUCCUCAGAAGUAUGCGUGGUCUGGCUAUAGGGAAUUGUUUAACAUUAUCCAAGAAUUCAAGUUGAAGUUGCAGGUUGUAAUGGCAUUUCAUGAAUAUGGAGGAACUGACUCUGGCGAUGUUUUGAUCUCCCUCCCCCAAUGGGUUUUAGAAAUUGGGAAAGAUAACCAGGACAUAUUUUUCACAGAUCGUGAAGGAAGGAGGAACACUGAAUGUCUAUCUUGGGGCAUUGACAAAGAGCGAGUUCUAAAGGGAAGAACUGGUAUAGAGGUUUAUUUUGACUUCAUGAGAAGCUUCCGGACGGAGUUUAAUGACUUGUUCACAGAGGGCCUUAUUACUGCUAUUGAAAUUGGACUUGGACCGUCUGGGGAACUGAAGUAUCCAUCCUUUUCAGAAAGGAUAGGAUGGAGGUAUCCUGGUAUCGGUGAGUUUCAGUGCUAUGAUAAAUAUUCACAACAAAAUCUUCGCAAAGCAGCUAAAUUGCGUGGACAUUCAUUUUGGGCUAGGGGGCCUGAUAAUGCUGGUCAGUAUAAUUCAAGGCCACAUGAAACUGGAUUCUUCUGUGAACGAGGUGAUUAUGAUAGCUACUUUGGUCGCUUUUUCCUCCAUUGGUAUUCCCAGUCACUGAUAGACCAUGCCGAUAAUGUUUUGUCUCUCGCAAGCUUUGCAUUUGAGGAUACAAAAAUCAUCAUCAAGGUUCCUGCAGUUUAUUGGUGGUACAGGACAGCAAGCCAUGCAGCAGAGCUAACAGCAGGAUACUAUAACCCGACAAACCAGGACGGAUAUUCUCCAGUUUUUGAGGUUUUGAAGAAACACUCGGUGAUAAUGAAGUUUGUCUGCUCAGGAUUGCCACUUUCAGGUUUUGAGAAUGACGAAGCACUUGUUGAUCCAGAAGGCUUGAGUUGGCAGAUUCUGAAUUCUGCUUGGGACCGAGGAUUGACAGUGGCUGGUGUAAAUAUGCUUGCCUGUUAUGACAGAGAAGGGUAUAGGAGAGUGGUUGAGAUGGCAAAGCCAAGGAAUGAUCCCGACCACCAUCACUUUUCAUUUUUCGUGUAUCAACAGCCAUCAGCUUUAGCUCAAGGAACAAUUUGCUUUCCAGAGUUGGAUUACUUUAUCAAAUGCAUGCAUGGUGAGAUAACGGGUGAUCUAGUAUCCUGAUGGGGUGAGGAUUUUUCUCUUCGGUAGUGUGAGCACAGCCGCUAGUUUCAACUGCAGGCUGUAGGUCAGAUGAUGGUAGUAUGCAGGGCAUAAAAGCACAACUGCGGUUCGAAGCACAGAAUUCUGUAAGAUUACUUUGAAGUCUUUGUAAAUUAUGCUAUCUUGGUCUGCCUGUGAAAGCAGGACAGAGUCUCUUAGGCGGGCAUGAGGAUAAUCUUAAUUUAAGAUUUUGCAUUUUGUUCAUGGAAUCAGAAAUGCAAGUAAUGAGAUCCCCAAAAUUCAUCAA